AUGAAGCUGGUAUACCUUUUCCUGGGCCCCAUGACCCUCCUUUUCUUGGCUGGCUGUGACUAUGUUCUUAGCGCCUCCAAUGGGAACCUGCACACCUUCGUUGGCUGUGCCGUGAGGGAAUUCACUUUCUUGGCCAAGAAGCCAGGUUGUAGAGGCCUUCGGAUUACUACAGAUGCCUGCUGGGGCCGUUGUGAAACAUGGGAGAAGCCAAUUCCGGAACCCCCGUACAUUGAAGCCCAUCAUCGAGUCUGUACCUAUAACGAGACCAAACAGGUGACUGUGAAGUUGCCCAGCUGUGCUCCUGGGGUUGACCCCUUCUAUACAUACCCUGUGGCUGUCCGCUGUGACUGUGCCGCCUGCUCCACAGACACCACGGAGUGUGAGACCAUCUGA